UCGUGUGAAUAGCAACGUGGGCUUUAAAGCACUCGAUCCGCCGGCUUUUCAUAAUGUGAACACGUUUGAACAAUUUAACGAAAAUUUGUUGGUCACUCGAUUUCGAAAAGAAGAUCUUUUGAUUUUCUGUGCUAUAGAAUAAAGCAAGUUGUAUUGCGCGUUAUUGAGAACUGAGAAUGAUGUUGUGGAAAAUGAAAUUGGGGGAAAUAAGACCACUGGUGCUCCGGAGUACGAGCCCUUUUCGGAAUUUUUUCUGAUAUCAUUUAUUCGUGUAGAGAAAAUUGUACAAACAGUGGUGGAUGAGAAAUGGAUGAUAGUUUUGAAAAAAUGCAACUGUUUUGGAAAAUUCCAUAUUAAGGAUUGAGAGAAAAUCUCACGGGUUUCAAUAUCGGCGUCCAACACAAUUGGCAACGUAGUCGUUUAUCAAGUAGAAAUACACGUAUAUUCGCGGUUAAACUCGUCAGCACACGCAUUAACGCACACUCAAACUCGACGCACCGACAGCUCAUUCUCUCAGGUUCUCUCUCUCGCUCUCUCCACAACGGGGCACUAUAUUACGGUUGCCCAUCGGAAUCUCCGGUGAUUCGAAAAUAUUCUGAUUUUACAGUGGUGUGUGUGCGCGUGUCCAUUUUCUCUCUCGCGCAAGUGAGCUUUUCUAGUGAAGAGAGGAAUAAAAAAAGGAAAGCGAGAGAGUGAAGAAAAAGGGAGCGAGCGAGAGGGAGACCGCGAGUAAGAGAGAAGGGUGGGGAAAAUUCUAUUUAUACAAAAAAAAGGUUUGGGGGGAUGAUCCACGCGACGCCUACGCCCGAAGUGGCCACGUAACGAUUAUAAUUUAUUGAAAAUAAUAAUGAUAAUAGUUUAAGCCGGCGUGUACAGACGUUUAUUCUUGGACGAGUGCAUUUUGUAGGUUAUAAGAAACCUCAACAGUCACAGUGUUUUUGUUUUCAUUUCUUUUCUCCGUUUUGCAUUACUUAUUUUUUCCCAGUUUGUUCGUUUUAUUUUAUUGUGCAUUUAAUUUUUUCUCAUUAUUAUUUAAACGAAAAUAAUAAAACGACAACAACAAAACAAUAAACGUGCAUAGAUCCAGAAGGGUGCAGUUAUGUCUUUUCGUGUGGUGCGCAGCAGCAAGUUCCGCCACGUGUACGGAACUGCACUUAAACGAGAACAAUGUUACGACAAUAUUAGAGUCUCCAAAUCUUCAUGGGACUCCACUUUUUGUGCCGUUAAUCCAAAGUUUCUCGCUAUUAUCGUUGAAUCGGCGGGAGGUGGUGCCUUCAUAGUUUUACCUCAUAAUAAGGUCGGAAGGAUAUCCGCGGAUCAUCCACUAGUUGGCGGACACAAAGGUCCGGUUUUGGACAUAGCAUGGUGCCCUCACAACGACAAUGUGAUAGCCUCAGGGUCAGAGGACUGUGUCGUCAAAGUCUGGCAAAUUCCGGAUGGUGGAAUAUCCAGAACACUGACAGAGCCGGUAGUAGAUCUCCAGCUGCAUCAGAGACGAGUCGGUCUGGUUCUGUGGCAUCCGACGGCCAUAAACGUUUUGUUAACCGCCGGCUCGGAUAAUCUUGUUAUUAUUUGGAAUGUCGGAACCGGAGAAGCUCUAGUUCGCAUAAAUUCACAUCCAGAUGUCGUUUACUCGGCUUGUUGGAACUGGGAUGGAUCCAGGCUUGUUACAACGUGCAAAGACAAAAAAAUUCGGAUCCUCAAUCCCCGAACGGGAGAAGUUUUGGAAGAAGCUGUUGCUCAUGAAGGAAGCAAAGCUACUCGCGCUAUUUUCCUCAGAGGCGGUCUGAUAUUUACAACAGGCUUCAGUAAAAUGUCUGAAAGGCAAUAUUCUUUGAGAGCACCGGACAUGCUCGGGGAACCGAUUGUAAUGGUGGAAUUGGACACGAGUAACGGAGUAAUGUUCCCACUCUACGAUCCCGACACUAGCAUGGUCUACCUCUGUGGUAAAGGCGAUUCUGUAAUACGUUACUUCGAGAUAACGCCCGAGCCGCCGUUCGUACAUUAUAUCAACACUUUCCAAACGCCGGACCCUCAAAGAGGCAUCGGUAUGAUGCCGAAACGUGGCUGUGACGUCAAUAGCUGUGAAAUCAGUCGGUUCUAUCGUUUGAAUAACUCAGGAUUUUGUCAAGUCAUCUCUAUGACUGUUCCGAGAAAGUCGGAACUCUUCCAAGAAGAUUUGUAUCCUGACACGCCAGGCGACACUGCGGCAAUAACAGCGGACGAAUGGGAAGCGGGAAACGAUGCUGAGCCUCUGUUGAUAUCGUUGCGAGACGGUUAUCAGCCGACGGCAUCGAAGAACGAGUUGAAACUGCACAAAAAAGCGAACGUCCUUGGAAAGGGAGGAAAAGGUGGUGCCGGCGGACAAGUCGCGCCCGGGAGCAUGGGAAUCACGGAGGACAUAUUGAAAGAAUUUUCUGAAGAAAUAAGAAAGUUGAAGGCGGUGAUAAUGAAGCAGGAGGGUCGAAUUCGAGUGCUGGAAUCGGCGGUAGCCUUACAAAUGAAAGAAGAUGAAAGAAACGAGAAACAAUCCUCUCCGAAUCCUGACAAGGAGCAUCUCGCUUCCGACGAAGUUUGAUUAACGUUUCAGUCAUAUUUUUAUAAUACCGUUAUGACGAAUACAUGGAACAAAAGGUCCUAUACAACGCAACGAUAAACUUACAAAUGAAGCAACGAAUGAAUGAACAAAAGGAACUAUUAUAUUUUGAUAUGAUACUUUGUGUAAAUAUUAGGUACUAGCAGAUUUGACAGUUUUGACAAUUUUUUCUUUUUCUUUGUUUUUUUUCUCCUUAUUUUGCUAUUAAGAUCUUUAUUAUUUAUUGUACAUCAAAUCAUCGCGUCUUAAUUGUAUUUUUACUGUUUUCUCUAUUUUCUAUUUCAUAAUGCAUUUUGAUUGUCCCCUUCUUCCAUUUGACGAGCCUUCUGUAGAAGAUUAUUCGGCAUAACAUUUUAUUUUACUCUUUUCUUUUUUUUUCGAUUAUUUCACUCUCACUCCCAUUUGUUUCGUUUUUGUGACUAAUGCAUAUGCAAGUUUGCAGCAUAACUAUCUUUCUGUAAUAUCCGAGUGCCUCGAAUUGUAAAGACAAUAAUACAUUGAGAUAUGUAAAGUAACAAAGAAUAAGAGAUGAAUUUAUAUUUGAGUAUAAGCCUCUGCGUGUUCAUUAAAUCGCCGGAAUUGCUCACGUUUUAUUACCAAAACUAUAUUGAUGGCGUAAGAACAAUCGAACUAACAUUGACGGAAAGUGUGUACCAAUGGAAAUAAAAAAAAAAACAAUUAUUUGGUGCAAA